AUGGCGCAGGAUACCCCUCGAUCUCGCGCGCCCAGCGUCCCCACUCUUCCCGAGGAAAUAUGGGACAUGAUUACUGGCUACACCGAUUAUGCCGAGCAGAAGCAACUCCGAUUAGCCUGCCGCACGCUUUCCCGCAUCGCUGCCGCUCACUUGUUCAACACCAUCUAUCUCGAGAUCCAGAAAGACAGCAUUGAGCGCAUGAUCAACGUCGCUUUCCACCAUGUCCUGCGCUAUCACGUGAAACAGCUGGUCAUUCUCGAAAGCUCGCAGCUGGUCCUUUUCGGCACCUGGAGAGAGUGGUACACCCACAUCGAGAAUCGCGCUGAUUAUCCGGGCGGGCCGCUCAAUGCUCGCUCUCCGUGGAUGAUGGACGAGAUACUCGAUCUCUACGAAGAGUACAAAGCUGAAUGCCUCGCCUUGUCACAGUUCCUGUUCUGUGUUCGCUCGAGGUCCAGCGGCUUGAAGUCUCUAGGCGAGCGAUACUACACAAGCAAGCUCGAGCCAGAUAACCAAAUGGCCUAUGCUUGCGAUCACUUCGACGAGGCCCUCGCCAGAUUCAAGAACCUGAAGACUGUCCAGCAGCGACGUUGGUGGCAAAGAACAGGCCCAUUUUGCUGGCGUGGCCUUCGCUUUUCCGUUCCCGACAGACGAAGGCGCCAAGUGGCCGAUCAUGAAGACGACAUGCUACCACUGACUUUCGUGCUCCGCGGGCUCGGUUGGGCCCACUCCAUGGGUGAGAGCAAUCUAAAGUCCCUCGAUAUCGGCACCUCUGGCCUUGCCUUCUGGACCGAGCAUGGUUUACGACAUAAUCUCUGGGGCACCUUGGCCAAUGGAUCCCUCCGCGACACUUGCGAAUCAGAAGUCAAGCUGAUGCGCACGUCUUUUUACAACCUCACCUACCUCAGAUGUUCUUUGUCAGGCGAGUCCCUGACCGUGAAAGCCAUGCUGGACUCGUUCGCCGCGUUUCUCGGAACCGCCGAGAUGCUCCAAGACCUUGACCUUAACUUCGUUGAGCGUAAAGGCGGUGAGGACAUUGGAGAGCAGUGGGAUCUCUUCAACCCACUCAGCACUCAAGGCAACCGUUGGAAAAAGCUUCGUCGAUUGAAACUCUCCGCAUAUACCGGCGGUCGAUCCCUAUCGGCUUUUUUGAUCAACCAGUCCUCAUCCCUGCGGAGUCUCACUCUCUAUGACUGCAAUCUUGUCACGUCCGAGGACUCAUGGCCGGAGCUCUUUGAACAUGCCAGGGAUGCACUUUCCCUGGACUCCAUUUUCCUUGUGAAUCUUUUUGAUGCUUAUCCGGACAAGAAUUCCGACAUCAAAGGAUAUCUAAUUGACUACAUGGAUGAUUGCGAGAUAUAUCAUGGCUUCAAGGACAAAAUCGUCGACUACAUCUUGAAAAAGACAGACCAGCAGCCCGUUUGGGAUCACAAGCCCAUCUACGACGAUCACCUAAGCAAAUGCGAGGGUUGUGACCAAAACAGAGCUCUUCACGACGAAGCAAGUGCGGACGAGCACUCCAUCUUCUUUGAGCUUGAUCUGUUGCCUAUUGUCGCAGACCUUGGCUUGCUGUGA